AUGACAUGUGUUCUCACUAACUUGAAAGAAGCGGAUUUUAACGACAGCAAGUAUGAGGGCUGUGUUUACCUUUCUGUGGCCAAUGAGUUCGGAAUAUUUCCGUUCAACUUUUUUGUGAAAGAGAGGAUGUCAUCAGCGUUGCCAUCUACGCAAAUAGAAAAGGAUUGCUUCCCGUGUCGUGUCACUGGGUCUUUGAGUAGUGCAGCCAUUGCAACAUUCAUAUUCUAUUCGACGGCGACUUCGGCAUACUACGUGAAGAGGCCUUAUGUGCGAGCAGCUGUGCAAAGUGUCGGCGCU